AUGGACCCACAAGUGUCCUUCUAUGAGGUUCUGGGAGUAAAGCCGACAGCUUCGACGAAUGAAAUUAAAAAGGCAUAUAGACAGUUGGCUCUAAAAUACCAUCCAGACAAGAGUAGAAGCAUUGCUAAUAACGUCGAGAGAACAAAAGCCAAUAACCAUUUCUUACUUAUAAACGAGGCGUAUAAUGUCCUUAUCAACCCCGAAACCAGAGCUUUAUAUGAUUCAGGACGUCUUGGCUCAGAAGAGCUGACGAGGGAAGAUUUCCCAUGCGAUGAAUUUUACCAAGUGUAUUGCGACCUGAUGAAAAUUCAAGCGCUAUUCCAAGAAAUAAUGAUUAACAAAGAAUCUUUGAGUGAACUCGAAAUGGAAUUCGCAAAACAAGCCAAAGAAGCUAAGCUGAAUGUAAGUGAUAUGUACGCGAACGAGCAAGGCUUUGAAGAAGAGCUUGCUGCCAUGGAGUCGAGUAUCUUUGGCAUGACUGAUCAAAACGCAAGGGGAAUCUUGGAGGAUCUUGAGCAAGAUUUGGCUGCUGAAUAUCUUUCUGAUGACGACAUUGUUCAUAUCAAACGUAACCCACAGCAGUGGACUCUGGUGGACGGAGAUUCACUAGCACCAGAGGCUGCUCUUUACGAUUUCUUAGAAGCUCGCCAAUUUGUUAUUCAUGUACUACAGAGUAUCGUUUCACCAUUAAUGAUGGCUAUUAACUAUGGAUCAUGGUCAAAUGGACCCUCUAUUUCCUGUCUCAGAACUACUAUAUCUUUACAACUUGCGUUAAUAGAUUAUUCAAAAAAAAUCAAUUCGUUAAUAGUCAAGGAUGAUAACAAGGCAAUCGAAUCGAUACUGGACUGCAUGAAGAAAGGAGAUGCUAUUACGGAAAUGAAAGAGCGUCUUGAAAAACACCCUCUUCUAGUGAAAUUUUCAAAUGGCAAGUUUGGCCGCAACGGCAACAGCUUCGCGAAUGUCGCUGCCAUGUUAGGUCCGCCAAUUGCUGGAUAUUCCCUCUAUUGGUCUGUGUUUGCCGUUAUCAUCGUCGGAGUGAUUGCUAUGAAGCGAGACGACGCAGAUCUAAAAAGCUUUAGUCAGUUCUUGGAUCUAAUGCAAGAAGUCGUCGAACUAUUAAUUGGCCAAGAGAUACCAUAA